UGUUUGAGGCCAUGUAUCCUGGGGGAAUGACGUUAAUAACCAUGUACUGUUCUGACGACAACCAAGGACACGACCAAUUGAGUACAUUGGGGUCUAUGACAAAUCAAGACAAGCCAGUUGGAGACCAGGCCAAUUUGAGACAGGUCCAAUUUGAGAUGGAAACUUCUGGAGACAGGAAAAAUUUGAAACAGAAAGUUUUGUUGACAAACGUGCUUGGGACGUUGUCAGUUUUUUACUUUGGCAUUUUGGUGGUUGGGGAGUAUUUUGCGGUUGACGCAAAACCAUCCAACAUCAAAUGGGCCCCCAAAAGUGCCAUGGAUGUCAUCAGCCUGUUGCCCUCACUUGCAACUGGGUCUGGUGUCAUGACAGUUUACACAGAACUUAAGCGACUGAGAGUUGGAGAUCACUUUGAACUCAUUGGCAAGGAGGAAAAGACUGUGCGAAUUGUGUUCAGCAUUGUUUGGUUGCUGACAUGUCUAUUAUCUGCUUUCAUUCCAGCAGUGAUCAUUGUGAUACAUAGGAUUGGUGCAUUGUGUGUUCUUCUCAUGUUCUUCUUUCCAGGUGUCUGUUUGAUAAAGUUGGUGCAAAAUGAGCACCCAAGACCAUUCCGCAACAGGUCAAAGCUCCUGUUUGCUACUGGGGAUCCGAGACCGGAGAUGGGUUUGGCAAACGGCUUCGAAUCAUCCAUGAACGGCUUCCAGAGAAACAGGGAGUCGAUGGAAGACGAGUCGAAUUUGAUG